CCAAUCUAGACCCUCAAGUAUCGAGGAAGUAGAAUCGGAAAUAAACUACAUAAGUACUUCAGAGCAGUAAAAGUUCUAUUUAACAAUAACAGUAUAUAGUACUGUAUAAAUAUAUGGACCUAACAUUUCUUAGAAAGGAAGAAUUUCUGAAUAUUUUAGAUUUAAGUGCCGUUUAAUCCAAGAUGAAGAACAGCGAAUGUUUUGGUGUGUGUUGCCUUUUAACGAUAACUUUGAUGAUUGGAUGGCAAGCAGGAAGACAUUUUGAUCAAAUGCCGGUAGCCAUUUUUAAUGCCAAUCAAACUAAGACUAAAAAUGUACUUUUCCCUUUUACACAGACAAUAAAUAAAAUUACACCAAGAACGUUUUCACAAGUUUCCCAUUCAAAGUAUAAUUUUAAAACAGGAGUUCACGUAUUUCGUCAUGACCUAACAAAAUGGAAUGCAGACGAUAGUAUUUGUGAUAAUCUCCCGCCAAAUUUAAAGAAAGCAACUCUUCAUACAUCUCAUGGCGACACUCCUAUUUACGUCCAUAAUCCAAAUGAAGAUAUUCACGUGAGCGGAAGCUUAGUCCGGUCAAGAACAUGGGAGCCACAUUUACUUAAUUUGAUGGCUGGUCAUUUGCGUAAAGAUGCAGAAUUACAAUUUAUGGAUCUUGGAGCCAAUCUUGGUGUAUUUUCCCUCGCCAUGGCUAAGUUUGGAAGACAGGUAAUCGCUGUGGAACCCCUUUCAAUAAAUUUGCAUCGAUUCUGUGCUUCAAUAAAGUCGGGACAAUUCACGGAAAAAAUUACUAUUGUUUAUAAUGCACUUUCGGACAAACGAGAAAAUGUGUCUCUCGGUAUCGAUAGACGUAAUGUCGGUGGAACAUUUAUUGUGAAUAAUAAAAAUAUGAAUAAAGUAAAAGGGUCAUCCGUUGGCGGACAAUAUAAAGACAUUGUCAUGACAGCAAAGUUAGACGACAUUUUGAAAUUACCUGGAUUUGAUUUCAAAAAGGUCAUAAUAAAAAUGGACGUGGAAGGGUACGAAAAUUUCGUUUUGAAUGGGGGUCUAAAUUUUUUCGACCAAGUGGACGUCCAAGCUGUAUUAAUGGAAUGGAUGUGGCAGCGAAGUGGGACUGCUGCUAAGGAAAUCCUGGCAUUUUAUGCUCAACGUGGAUAUAAACCGUACACCCCUGGGUCAAACACUCCAUUAAAAACGUCACUUUCUCAUGCUUGGCCAGUGGAUGUCAUUUGGAAGAAAUCUUGAAGAUAAAACACGUGUACAACUGGCUGAACAGUGCUGGACGACAACGUAGGUUCUGAUAUCAUUAAAGUACAACUGGCAAAACAGUCCUGAUGUAGGUUAUGCUGUCAAAGACGUACCGAGCCUAAUAGGCCGUUUCAGAAUCUAAUGCAUUCUGGGUAAUAUUUUCAUAAGCGUACAUCAAAACGUUUUGAUUGGCCUACGACGCCCUAAACAAUGGGAAUUCAACCAAUGACGACGUAAUUUUCAUUUUAGGGUACGAACAAUCAUUACCCACUAUCCUAUAGAUUCUAAAACGGCUAAUUGUUCUUCAAUAUGUCUUUUAAUUGUGAAAUCCAUGGAAGUGUAUCGUUUCUAGUGAGGAUUUAUUCAAUAAAAGAGUGUCCACACUUCGCUUGAUAUGGUCUGACAACAUUCCAUUAUGUUUUCUGUUCCCGUAAUAAUUUUAUCUGCCAAUAAAAUUUUAACCCUUCAUUAUUUUGAUGGAGUGUAUCGUUAAGACGAACUAGAGGAUCCAGAACGGUUCUAAAACGGAAAGUAGAACGGAGCGUUGUCCGAUCAUUGUAAGCAAAGCGUGAGCAAAGAGUGGGAUUAAUCAACCUCGGCUUUUUACAGUGAAAUGGUCCAUGAGUCAUUUUUGAGAUAUAAAAACAUAUAUUAUACGAUCGAUGACUUUCUUGUGACUAAAAGAGAUAAUAAGCAGAUUGUACCAAUUAUAUCAGUUUUAUGUGUUAAAUUGACGGACAUUUUAGAUCAAAUAUUGCGAACAAUUUAACGGUUAAUUAACUGAAAGUUAACCAAGCAGAUGGAAAAGGUUUUGUUGUUUGCAUUUGAAUAAAAGGAAAUGUAAGUUA